AUGAACGCUCACCACAAUGACUGGACUCCCGAUAAAGUAUUGGAUACAGUGAGGGAAUAUGUAGACGCUGGAGCACUGUCGGAGUGUGCGGCACUGGACUUGCUGGAGCGUUUGCCGUUACCGCUGCUGGGCUGGACACUGGAGGAGUACGCGGUGCGGGCGUCGCUCGAGGCUUCAGACAGCGACGCGGUACCUUCUGACAACAUAUUUGAUUCCAUGCAGGUAUUAACGAAAACAAUGGAGAAACUGGUCAAGCUCUCUGCAACAAGUGCCCGAGUGCGUCACGUCGUACCUAUAGAGCAGGUGCUCCAGCUCAUCCACCUCGGUCUGAGCAGCCGGUACCCGCUGGUACGCACAGCUGCGCUCCGUCUGCUUUGUCUCCUUCUUGAACGGAAUGACUUGCCUGAAGCGUUUUGUCAGCAAGUUGCAGACACUAUUAUCGAACGUUUUGAAAGUACGAACGAGCUUCGUCCGGAGAUAGAGGCCGCACAAGCGCCAGGUCCAGAAGUGAACGCUCCCAGCACAACUGCACAGCACGCCAGCGAUAUCCUGUCACUGGUGCUGCUGAGCUUCCGUGAUGAUCCAUCCACCGAAGCUGCGGGAAUUUGUGAAAAAAUCCUGAAGAACCUGGUACAGCUGAAGCCGUUCCGCGGCGCAGUUGUGCUCUUCAGCGAAGCACGAGGCGCGCAAAUCCUCGUACAGGAGAUGCUCUCGGGUGCAGCGGGUGCGGUUGCGCAUAUCCGAGCCUUGAACUUGCUGCUUGAGAUCUGCGACUACUCGUCUGUUGCAGAGAUUGCCGCACGUCGGCUGUUGCCAACCGUGCUUGUAGCCAAAAUCGCAGCUCCUGUUCGUUUGGAUGAGGACUUGCUACUCCGCUUGAACUUGCUGGAUGUGCUUGGGGCUUUUAUGCAACGCAGUGCAAUAGCAGCCGAGUUGCUCGACCAAAUUUCGGUAUUCGAUGUGCUGCUACGCCAACACCUUGCCUAUUUGUUGGCGCCAGACGAGCCUGCCUCGAGCGACUUGGCGGAACGCUGGUUUAUUUGGAUGUGUGGGAUUCUGAGGUUCGUGCGCACCAGUGCCGGCUCCAGCCGUUGCGCCUUCCACGCUUGGAUGAACGCCAGUCUCGUAGAGAUUCUUGGGCGCUUUCUCUUGGUUCACGUGGUAGAUGGCGAGACUGAGACAGCACACUGGUCCGUACAACUUGAUCAAGUUCGUCGGACGACGCUGCUGGUGCAUCUGAUCUCCGCGGUAGGCGCUCUGGGGCUCUGUGAACGCGGGAUGGACGUGCUGCUUGCGGACGUUGACACCUUGAAACUAACGCUUCGUUUCAUUCAAACGGCGAGCGUGUGCGAUAUUCGAGUGGCCUCCUUGCGCGCUUUGAGUGUGUUCCUGGCAGGUCUCGACGAGCCGCUUUCAUCAGCAGCCGUCUCAGGGUACGGAGCCGCCGAAUCCGACCUCGAAUUUCGGCAGCAAAGGGUGCUGCAUCUGUUCACUGAUGCGAUCAGGGAUGCGGAUCCCGUCAAGGCGUUCACGAAUGCACUGCCCAUUGUCCUGGACUGUGCACGGCAUCCUUCGGAAGAAGAGCGGCUGGCUGCUGCGGCGGUAUUCGCUGCGCUAAGUCUGUCGAGAAUCGGAGUUGUCGCGUUGGCUAGUAUGGCGGGCUUUGUGGAAUGGCUCUGCGACCCGACGGACGCUUCUCUCGAGGUCCUGGAAGCUAAGAUGCGCGUUGCACGACGCCUAGUUGAGCUGCACGCCAGUGACGGAGAAGUCGCAUUCGGUGCGCUGAAAUGGUCACGUAUUGUCGCCGUGGUCUCGAAUGGAAGCGAUCCUCGAGCUGUGCGUCAGCGGCGCGUGCCUGCUGUAAACAUUGCCACUCUGAAUCGUUAG